CGUACUUCUCCAUCCGGUUUGGCCUGACUCUUUCGGCGCUGGCUGGAAGUGCGCUUGCCGGAGCGCAGUGGGUGGGAGGACCUGGCACCUCCCCUGGCCUCUGCAGUCAGACCCCCGGGGUGAAGAGCGAUUCCUUCUGGGUCUCCAGUCUGCUGCAGUGCCCCUGCGUUAACGCUCCUUUGUGCUGCAGCUACUGAAGCCGAGAUUACUCCAGCGCCUAGGUGCGGGCAGAGCAGCCUCCACUCUCUGCAGACCUGGCUGGAGGGUGCGUGCAGACUCUCCAGGCCGCGACUCGGCGCGUCCUUCCUCCUAGUUCUCCCCCACCCCACCCCCCAAACCCGCACCUCCCGAAUCCCCCGCCCUCUCCGCGGUCUGCCCCUCCUCCCUUGCUGCGGGCUGACCGCUCCACACCGCCGCAGCGCCUCGCGUCUGGACGGCUUGCAGGAGGCACACACCCUUACACCCACUCGGCCAGACCGCACCCCUGCCCAGCAUGUCCGCGCUGGAGUGGUACGCCCACAAGUCCCUGGGCGACGGCAUCUUUUGGAUUCAGGAACGCUUCUAUGAGUCGGGCAACCGCGCCAACAUCUGGCUGGUGCGUGGUUCCGAGCAGGAUGUGGUGAUCGAUACGGGCCUGGGGCUGCGCAGCCUCCCGGAGUACCUGUACUCCUCCGGCCUCUUGCAGGAUCACGGGGCCAAAGAGGACGCGGCGUGCCGGCCACUGCUGGCCGUGGCCACACACGUGCACUUCGACCACUCCGGCGGCCUCUACCAGUUCGACCGGGUGGCCGUGCAUCACGCCGAGGCCGAGGCGCUGGCUCGCGGGGACAACUUUGAGACCGUGACCUGGCUGUCCGACAGUGAGGUGGUGCGGGCGCCCAGCCCGGGCUGGAGGGCCAGGCAGUUCCGAGUGCAGGCGGUGCAGCCCACUCUCAUCCUGCAGGAUGGGGAUGUGAUCAACCUUGGUGACAGACAGCUCACUGUUAUGCACAUGCCUGGUCACUCCAGGGGCAGUAUUUGCUUACAUGACAAAGACCGAAAGAUUCUCUUCAGUGGAGACGUCGUGUAUGAUGGAUCACUGAUUGACUGGCUUCCAUACAGCAGGAUAAGUGACUAUGUUGGAACCUGUGAACGUCUGAUAGAAUUAGUGGACAGAGGUCUGGUAGAGAAGGUGCUUCCUGGGCAUUUCAAUACCUUUGGUGCUGAAAGGCUUUUUCGAUUGGCUUCUAACUAUAUUUCAAAAGCUGGCAUAUGUCACAAAGUUUCUACUUUUGCCAUGCGAUCUCUUGCAAGUUUAGCCUUACGUGUAACAAAUUCUAGGACCUCACCCUAGUAUCUACACUGAUAACCUAUUUUGAUUAAUUCUGUAAAUUCAAUUCAUUUUGUGCUGUUUAAAAUGAGUAAUAGUGAGCAUUUCAAGAAAUGCUUUAUUAGAGAAAAAAAAAAGGUUGAGAAUGAGUCAGCCCAAAAAGGAAUCUCUUCAUUAAAAAUUUUUCUUUCUUUCAAAUAAGAAAUCAUUUAAAUAAGCUUAUAAUUUGCCAAGCUGUCAUCUUGUAAUAUUUGUCAUCUUGUAAUAUCCAGAAACAACAUAGAAAUAUAUGGGGAAGUAAGGAGGCAUAGUAACAGAAAGAACUAUCAUCCUUACUUCCCAUUUCUCUUAUUUUAUUUCCUAGAUGACCUAGAAAAAGAGGCAUAAAGUUUUAUGUUUAUACUCCAAACUUGAUAUUUUAGUAUAUUAUUUAAAGAUAAAGGUUCUUGAGUUUAAAAUACAUUAGAACUCAAUACAAACAUAUAAAUUAAUAUUUAGAAUGACAGCUAAAACAAUCCAUUGGUAUAGCACAGAAUUUUUAUGCUUCAUUUAUUUAUUCUUAAUGUAAUUAUAGCGUAUUAUAUGCUGUGUAAUUUUACUUACAAAGAGUACAAUGAACUUUGUUUUGUUGCAAAGCUUUAAAUAUAAAUUGCAGAGUGCUUCAGUCAAAAGCUACCACACAGUGUUGUUUGUUAUUAUGUGCGUGUAAUAUUUUCAAUCAUAAAAAUGAAAUUCAAAUGUCUGUAAUAUAAUUACAAAUUGUCAGAUUUCUCAAAAGGACACUGUCAGGGAAAUUUGAAAAUAUACACAUUGAAAAUAAUUUUUUAUUAUAUCCUAUUUUAAUAUUAACAGCUAUUAUAAACAAAAUUUUUCUUGUUAAAUAGCAGCUUCAGUAUAUGUGUCAUAUUUUAUAAUAUCACAACAACUAUAGAGAUCUACGACAUUCUGAUAUGAAUCAUUCUUUUACUUAUCAUAACAUGCAUAUGUACCAUGGAAGGCUUUUCAGAUUAACUGCAAAAUGUGCAUUAGAUAUUGACUUAGAGUGAAUUGCCUUUUUUAUCCUGAUUCACAACACCUAUUCCUGUUCAGUAUUCUUUGUCUUGAAUGAAAAGAACUCUACAUUUAUAAAGUUAUAGGAAAGGUUAGCCCACUAUUUUAGUGAAAUGUUUUGGUUUGGUGCUCUUUAUAAUUUAUUAAAAAGCCUUUUGGAAUAUUUCAUAAAGGUUUUUUAAGCAAUUUUCUCACUGCCUUUUUAUUAUUGACAUGUCCAAAACCAAACUGAGAUAGCUUUGGAAAUCAGAUUGUUUAGUAUUAAGAAAGUUUAGCAACUUUGAUAUCUGAAAAAUUAUAAAAUUUUUCCACCCUUAACCCACACAGGUUUUUUUAGUCUUUUUUUAAUUCAACACCCACACACAUAUCCCACAUUCAUACACACAGUCACAUACAUACAUGCACAGUAUUGUGCUAAACACUGUGGAAGCUUAAAAAGUCAAAGAGAUGAAAUCUUAGCUAGAAGGCAAACAAAACAUGAAUAAUAAUAUACGUAGGUUGAAGCUAAUACAAAUUACACAUGAGUAUCAGGGACAUACAUGGAGGGGUGUGGAGUUUGGUUAGGAAGAGAUUCCUGGAAGAGGGGUUUUUCAGUUGUAUUUGGAAAGAUGAUUUGUUAGGUGGUCAGGGUAGGGGACAAAAAGAUCCAAGAACGGGGAUGGAAGCAUUGCUAUCCUAAGUAGGCUAUUCCUUGUGACAAUUUAAAUUUAAUUUUCAGGAAUCUUAGAUCCUCCAAAUACCAAGUAUUUAGCAUGAGACAGGUGGGUUUGUGAUGGUGUAUAUGAGUCAUCUUCAGUGACAGACAAGCUGUCCUGCCACAUGCCAUCGAAGGAAUCUACUCAUAUAAGGCUGUAGGUUUCAGUUGAUAUGCAGCAUGAAGAGUAUAGAUUUGGUUCAGGGCAACUACAAUCACUUAAUGAGCCUUAAAUAUAGCCAUUAUUUUUAUAUCAGUAGCACAAAAGAAAACCAAAAGUCCUUAACCAUUGACCAUUUUAUCAUACCUUAGGACUUAAAAAAAAAAUCAGGGUAUAGUAGGCACUAAGUUUUACUGAGAAAUAUUUGAACCUGAUGAAGGCUUUCUUUAUUUCUUAAAAGUACAAUUUUUCAAAACAUGUUAGUUUUGUUUUUAAAUCUCCAACUUUUUUUUUGUUUUUCAAAUUAUACAAACACAUAAGACUGUGAUAUUUUGCUUUUGCUUCAGUGUGAAUAAAUUGGGGAAAGGAUCUGUCAUCCAUUUAGUGCUCAUGCCAUGCAUUUUAAAAUAUGCAUUAUUCAGUUUAAUCCUGGCCCCAGUGCCAAGAAGUAAUUGACCAGCCAAACACAACAAAACUUUGGACAAAGCUGGUAAGUGAACACAGGUCUGUCUUCCUCCCAAACUGUGCUCUUUCUCUUAUAUCUGCACAAUAACAUAAAAUUGGCAAAGUGUAUUUUUACUUUCCCAGAUGCCACAUGUGCCAAGAGUAAAUCAAGUGAUGUUAAGCCUAAUAAUAGCAUAUUUUAAAAGAAGCUUUAAAAAAUAUAUUUUCACCCUGACAGUGACCCGUAUUGUAACUUAUGAUUUUUGGAAAUAAUAGUAUGUAAGUAUAAUUCAGAGUUGUCAAAUAUAAGACAUUUAGAAAUAAUUUUUAUUUGUAUUGCUAAUAAUCUUUGGAAACUCAUUUUCCUUAUUUGGUGUUUCCUUUUAACUAAGAAGUCUAAAACAAACAAAAAUCUUGUGUUAUCCUGAUAUAGUUGAGUAAAUGAUUUUGUGUAGUUGUUCUUAUAUGAAUAGUAAUAUGAUUGUGACAUGUACACAUUGUCUUCUUAUAAUUUUCAGAUAAGUGUAAGUAAAAAUUUGUGUGAUAAAUAUUAAAGUGGACAUUUUAUUUCAA